ACCCUACAAAAACCCAUUAAAGAAAAAAAAAACCUGCAAAAUUUCCAACUUUUCCAAUCUGGGCUCUGCUGAAAAAACUGCAAAGAUCCAAUUUUGGCCACCUUCUCCUUAAAAACUCCAUCUGGGUAUUUUCCCCUAAGCUCCAAGAUCUCAUCAUUAUGGCGACUGUACAAGGCAAGCUCUCCUCCUUCUUCAACAACAGAUGGCUUGUUUUUGUGGGAGCAAUGUGGAUCCAAUCUUGUGCAGGGAUUGGCUAUCUCUUUGGGAGCAUCUCCCCUGUGAUUAAGAGUUCUUUGGGCUAUAACCAGCGUCAGAUUGCGACGCUGGGGGUUGCCAAGGAUCUUGGUGACAGUAUUGGGUUCUUAGCUGGGACUUUGAGUGAGAUCCUCCCUCUUUGGGCUGCUCUCCUUGUUGGUUCUCUUCAGAAUUUUAUUGGGUAUGGAUGGGUUUGGCUUAUUAUCACUGGCCGAGCUCCCCCUUUGCCUCUUUGGAUGAUGUGCAUCCUCAUCUUCAUUGGGAACAAUGGAGAAACUUAUUUCAACACAGCCGCACUUGUUUCAUGUGUACAGAAUUUCCCCAAGAGCAGAGGGCCCAUAGUAGGAAUCUUGAAGGGCUUUGCGGGUCUGAGUGGUGCAAUCUUGACUCAGGUAUACACAAUGAUUCACACACCCGAUCAUGCCACUUUAAUCUUUAUGGUUGCUGUCGGGCCCACGAUUAUAGUUAUAAUGUUAAUGUUCAUCGUCAGACCGGUUGGAGGGCACAAACAAGUACGAUCAUCUGAUAGCUCGAGCUUUGUAUUUGUUUAUACUGUGUGUCUCCUUCUCGCAGCAUAUUUGAUGGUUGUCAUGCUUCUUGAGGAUCUAGUAGACUUGAGCCAUGCCGUGACUAUCUUGUUCACAGCUGUCCUUCUUUUUCUACUAGUAGUUCCUAUUGUAAUUCCUUUGCUUCUCACCUUUUGUACUAAUGGUACCUCCCCAGACCAAGAGUCUCUCUUGGCUGCACCUCAAAAGGGGGAGGCUGGCAAAUCUGAACAAUCCAGUGAGCAGCAGGAGGUUAUUCUCAGUGAAGUAGAAGAUGAAAAACCCAGGGAAAUGGAUUUACUUCCGGCUUCGGAGAGGCAGAAAAGAAUUGCUCAACUGCAAACGAAGUUGUUUCAAGCUGCUGCUGUUGGAGCAGUGAGAGUGAAGAGGAGAAAAGGACCUCGCAGAGGAGAAGACUUUACCUUGAUGCAGGCUCUGAUAAAGGCAGAUUUUUGGCUUCUUUUUAUUUCUCUUAUGUUGGGGUCAGGUUCAGGUUUAACGGUCAUUGAUAACUUGGGUCAGAUGAGCCAAUCUUUGGGUUAUGAAGAAACUCAUGUUUACGUGUCUAUGAUCAGCAUAUGGAAUUUUCUGGGGCGAAUCGGUGGAGGUUACAUUUCUGAGGUUGUCGUAAGGGAACAUGCAUAUCCAAGGCCAAUAGCUUUGGCUGCUGCACAGAUUCUAAUGGCAAUCGGCCACUUCUUCUUUGCUAUGGCUUGGCCGGGAACAAUGUAUAUUGGAACGCUGCUGAUCGGGCUUGGAUAUGGAGCUCACUGGUCAAUUGUACCUGCUGCUGCCUCUGAACUCUUUGGCCUAAAAAACUUUGGGGCAUUGUAUAACUUUCUCACUGCUGCAAAUCCAGCUGGCUCACUAAUUUUCUCAGGUGUUAUCGCCAGUGGUAUUUACGACUAUGAAGCAGAGCAACAGCACAAGAACCAUAACCAACAAUCUCUUCUUGGUAGAUUACUCUAUGGAACAAGUCUUGGGAUUGAUGAGGCAUUGAAGUGUGAGGGUGCAGUGUGCUUCUUCCUUUCAUCAUUGAUUAUGUGUGCAUUUUGCAUCGUUGCGAUGAUCUUGAGCUUGAUUCUUGUUCGUAGAACCAAGAUCGUCUAUGCUAAUCUUUACGGGAAAAACACACAGGUGGUUCGUGCUCUAGUGAGCUGAAACGAAAUUUGGUUCUGUGACAUAUAUUUCUAGGAUUUCAUUGCCCAUGCUUUCUUAAUGUGCAAUCAUGGAGGGGAAAUGAGAAACCAGCAGAUGAAUGAAUAGCUGCUAAGGGAGCAGGCGCCAUUUUAUUUCUCUCAUCAUUUGUUCUUCGAAAGUGGUGAAAUUCUUUAAUCCUAUGUAUGUAUAAUGUCAUGCUACUAUCGGCUCCUGUUUUCAAAUGUAUUCUUUUGGGGAUAUUCGGGUAUUUUUGGUGCUUCUUCAUGUGGGUUUUCUCCACUGUCUAUAAACAUCAAUGUAUAUUUGUCGAAUGAAUGAAUGAGCUUUGAAAUUUGAGUGUAUCAA